CGAAAGGCCACACAACACCAGCGCGUGGAUCCGGCCGACAGCACAAGUUCACUCGCAAGGAUACGGCACAUUUGAUCUCGCCCUAGUGCUUGAUCAAGCCCCUCAAACCUUCGUUAUUUUGCCACCACGUGCUGCUUCAAUCGCACACUUUUGAAUGAUGGCAGACACGCCGAAACCAACACCAUUGCUUGGGCCGUCGACGGCGAUAGCGGCACCCACGGCCAUGACGGAAGUGCCGGCGCCGCUGCUUGUUCCUACACCCAAGUCGGUCGUGAAGGACCGCAGCCUUCCUCAAAGCCCCAAGUCCCCCGUGAAGAAACGCAACGUGGGCGUCCCCAAGUUCCUUCGAUUCCUCUACGAGAUUCUGGAGAAGGAAGACAAGAGCAUCAUUUGUUGGUCGCACAAAGGCACGGCGUUCCAGAUCCGCCGCCCCGACGCUCUCUCAAAAGGGAUCCUCCCGCGGUACUUUAAACACAACAAAGUCUCGAGCUUUCAGCGCCAGCUCAACUAUUUUGGCUUCAAGAAGUGGACCAAAACCCAGACGGUUGUAUGCACGUUCAGCCACCCAAACUUUAUCCACCACAAGCCAGACAACAUCAAACUCAUCAAGCGCAAAGAGCGCGGGUUGAACGAGGGCCAUACUACGCCAAGUGCAAACCUGCACGGCAAACACACCAAGGCGCCGCCAGCGCCGUCCUCAUCGACACGUGUACCGCCAAUCCCCGGCUACACCUGGACGUUUCCGUCCGCCCCCGCCGUGACGACGUCGGCAGGCCUGGCCCAACAACCCUACGACGUGCUCCUCUACGACAGCACGACGUUUUUCGACAAACGGGUCGCGAAUCCGGAAGCAUUCCAUCCCCACCCCCACUUGAUGCCGAUGCAAAUCUUGUCGACACAGAUCCACAUCGGGGACGUCGGGCCACCCCCGAGCGACUGUUGGGGCGAUGUGCUGCUGGCAGAACAGCCGCCGUUGCACCAUUCCAACGCGGCCACCGCAAUGACAAACUAUUUAUGCCCCGCCAAGCACAUGGGCACUGGAUCGAGUGGCGGGGACGACGCAGCGCUGUACUUUGACAUGUGGGACGAUGACGACGACGACGACUGCGCCAACGGCAUCGUGGUGCCUUCGUCGACCGUCGGCCCGUACACGCAAGCGAUGCAAGAUAGCCAUCAUGGCUUGGGCAUGAUCAAACACGAAGACGACAUGUAUUGCGAUGUGAAUGGCGGCCAGUCCCUCACUCGGUUCUACGUCGAUACGUGAUCCUGACAUGUUGUUUUGUCGAGUUUUGUAACACAACAUUUUCAUCCCUCC